UCAGAUGAGUCACUCUGUCUGCUGCCCGACCCGUAAAUGUUAUAAGAAAGAAAGGGAGGAUGAGGAUGCGGUAACUUUAGGCGGCACUUUUUUGAAACCCCAACACCAAAAAUACCAGUCUUAAGGAUUUGAGUUCGAAACCCCCCCAGAGCCAGACAUAAACCUCUCCUCUCACACUCGCUUACUAUAACUCACUAACUCAGUUAUCAAAUUUGUCAAGUCUAUUAUCGUGGGCAUGGCAGGGGUAGUGAAAGCGCCGGGUGCCUUUGCCAUAACUCCACACAAAGUUUCAGUCUGCAUUUUGGUUCAUAUCUAUGCUUCUCCUUCUCAAAUCUCAGUCCCUUUCCCUUUCUCCUCCGUUUCUCAGCACAACCGCCUCGGCUUGUAUUUAUUAGCUCUCACCAAGUCAUGUGAUGACAUUUUGGAGCCAAAAUUAGAUCAGCUCAUUAACCAAUUGAGGGAGAUUGGUGGUUUACUGGAUCAUUGGUUAACUGAUCAUGUAACUAGUCGGUUAUCUUCUUUAUCAUCUCCUGAUGAUCUGUUCAAUUUCUUUAACGAGUUGCGAGAAACACUUGGGGGACCUGAUUCAGGAGUUAUGGAAGAUGACCAGGUUAUUUUGGACCCAAACAGUAACCUGGGUAUGUUUCUUCGCCGCUGCAUACUUGCUUUCAACCUCUUAACUUUUGAGGGUAUCUGCCAUCUUUUGACAAAUAUAGGGAUCUAUUGUAAAGAAGCCAUUUCGAGUUGUUCAUCUUACGAGUUGCGUAGGGUAGACGACUCUGGUAAUGACUUUGAAUCUUUAUCUGAGUAUGAGAAUAUGGAUCUCAAUCUUGUUUUCAAAAAAAUAAAUGAAGAAAUGGAAGCAAGGAAAAGAGCCACUGAGCAAGUUUCUUUUCAUCUUCAUCUUCCAAAGGAACUUUCGACAUUGGUGGAAGAUAUUGAGGUUUCUGCUGAUCCUAAAUCAGAGCACAAUGACAAAGGCAGAGAAUCUUCUUCAUAUGCUUCUGGUGAAUUAUUGAGAGAUGUUGAUCCGAAUGGUGGGGUAUUUUUGCGCACCAAUUGGCAAAUACAAGGCUACUUAAUGGAGCAAGCUGACGCAAUCGAAAAGCAUGGCAGUUCUUUCACUUUGAAUGCAUUUGAACUGACUCUAAGGCAGCUUCAGAAGUUGGCCCCUGAGCUCCAUCGUGUCCAUUUUUUGCGUUACUUGAAUAAUCUUUAUCAUGACGACUAUUUUUCUGCAUUGGAGAAUCUUCAUCGUUAUUUUGAUUACAGUGCAGGAACUGAGGGAUUCGAUUUUGUUCCUCCUGCUGGUUGCAAUAGUUUUGGAAGAUAUGAGAUUGCUCUGUUAUGUUUGGGGAUGAUGCACUUUCACUUUGGGCAUCCUAAGAAGGCUUUGGAGGUCCUAACUGAAGCUGUUCGUGUCUCCCAACAGCACAGCAAUGAUACUUGUCUGGCCUACACUUUAGCUGCUAUGUGCAACUUGUUGUCUGAGAUUGGUUUCUCAACCACUAGUGGAAUACUUGGAUCGCCAUUCUCUCCUAUGAUCAGUGUAGGCACUUCUUUGUCUGUUCAGCAGCAAUUGUUUGUUCUCCUGAAAGGAUCUCUAAAGAGAGCAGAGAGUUUGAAAUUGAAGCAACUGGUAGCUGCCAAUCAUCUUGCAAUGGCUAAAUUUGAUUUGACGCAUGUGCAGAGACCUCUGCUGUCAUUUGGUCCCAAGACUUCCAUGAAGCUUCGGACAUGCCCAAUUAUUGUUUGUAAGGAACUACGAUCUGGUUACCACUUAAUCAGUGAAUUUUGUUGUGAGGGCUCUACUAUGACUGCAGAUGGUGCUUUUAGUACUGCAUGGCUUAAGAACUUGCAAAAGCCCAUGGGUUCAUUAGUGCUGUCCCAAGAUAAUGGUUCUAGGAACAAUUAUAAUCCUUUUCUAUUCUUUACACAACCAAGUUCAAUUCCUGGAUCUGUUAUGCAGUUAGUAGGUUCUUCGUAUCUACAUCGUGCUACUGCAUGGGAGAUAUAUGGAAGUGCUCCACUUGCUCGGGCAAAUGCUUUGGUUUAUGCAACUUGCUUUGCUGAUGCUUCAAGUUCAUCUGAUGCAGCAUUAGUGCAUGUGAAACUUAUUCAACAUCUGGCAGUAUUUAAAGGCUACAAAGAGGCUUUUGCUGCUCUUAAAACUGCGGAAGAGAAGUUUUUAUGUGUAUCUAAAUCACGUAUAUUGAUAAUGAAGCUACAGCUGCUCCAUGAGCGUGCAUUACAUCGAGGACAUCUCAAGCUUGCCCAACAAGUAUGUGAUGAGCUUGGAGUAUUGGCAUCAUCUGUCACUGCUGUGGACAUGGAGCUGAAGACAGAGGCAAGCCUUCGCCAUGCUCGUACAUUGCUUGCAGCAAAGCAAUUUAGCCAGGCAGCUGCUGUGGCACACUCCCUCUUUUGCAUGUGUUACAAAUUCAAUCUUCAAGUUGAAAGUGCAACUGUUCUUCUUCUGCUUGCUGAAAUUCACAUGAAAUCAGGAAAUGCUGUCGUAGGCCUUCCCUAUGCAUUAGCAAGCCUUUCGUAUUGUCAGACAUUUAACUUGGAUCUUCUUAGAGCGUCAGCAACUCUUACACUGGCUGAAUUAUGGCUUUCACUUGGAUCCAAUCAUGCAAAGACUGCUUUAACUCUUUUACAUGGUGCUUUUCCAAUGAUUCUUGGCCAUGGAGGUUUGGAACUCUGUGCUCGGGCCUAUAUUACAGAAGCAAAAUGUUAUCUCUCAGAUCCAAGCUUCUCAGUUUCCAAAAAUCCAGAACUUGUGCUGGAUCCCUUAAGGCAAGCUGCAGAUGAGUUGCAAGCUUUGGAGCAUCAUGAAUUAAUGGCCGAAGCUUUCUACUUGAUGGCCAUUGUAUUUGACAAGCUGGGGCAACCAGAACAGAGGGAAGAAGCUGCAUCUUCUUUCAAGAAUCACGUUAUGUCUCUUGACCAUCCUCAUGACGUGGAAGAUCCCAUCCAAUCCGAUACCCUCUUAAACGCCUGAGCCCCGAGGAGCAUAAUUAAAGUAGGGUAAGCGGGUGUUUUGCCCAUUCCUUUUUGAUGAAUUAAUUAUAAGGCUGAUUAUAUGAUUGCUGAAAAUUGGAUGGUCUUUUAUUUAACACAACUGAUUGAAAAAAUAUGUUGAUUAUAUAUGGUGAUUAGGUUAUUGUGUUUGGUGAAAA